GGAAUCUGGCACUUUUACCUCCAUGGAUCCCCUAAACCUCUCUUGGUACAACGAUGACAUCGGUGACAGGAACUGGAGCAAGCCACUCAACGAGUCCAGUGCAGAGCAGAAGCCUCAGUAUAACUACUAUGCCAUACUGCUCACCCUCCUCAUCUUUGUCAUUGUUUUUGGCAAUGUGCUGGUGUGUAUGGCUGUGUCCAGGGAAAAGGCCCUUCAGACUACCACUAAUUACCUGAUUGUGAGUUUGGCAGUGGCAGAUCUCUUGGUAGCAACUCUGGUCAUGCCUUGGGUGGUCUAUCUGGAGGUGGUUGGUGAGUGGAGGUUUAGUCGGAUCCACUGUGACAUCUUUGUAACCCUUGAUGUUAUGAUGUGCACUGCCAGUAUCCUCAACCUCUGUGCCAUCAGCAUUGACAGGUACACAGCAGUAGCAAUGCCAAUGCUGUAUAACACCCGCUACAGCUCGAAGCGCAGGGUCACGGUCAUGAUUGCUGUGGUCUGGGUACUUUCAUUUGCCAUCUCCUGCCCACUCCUCUUUGGCCUCAACAACACAGAUGAGAACGAGUGCAUCAUCGCCAAUCCUGCCUUUGUCGUGUAUUCCUCUGUUGUCUCCUUCUACGUUCCCUUCAUUGUCACCCUGCUGGUGUACGUGCAGAUUUACAUAGUGCUCCGGAAGCGCAGGAAGCGUGUCAACACCAAGCGCAGCAGCCAUGGUCUGGACUCAGACACACAAGCCCCGCUGAAGGACAAAUGCACUCAUCCAGAAGACGUCAAGCUCUGCACAGUUAUUGUGAAGUCCAAUGGGAGUUUCCAAGUUAAUAAGCGCAAAGUGGAGGCGGAGAGUCACAUAGAAGAGAUGGAGAUGGUGUCCAGUACCAGUCCCCCUGAGAAAACCACCAUCAAACCAGCACCACCAAGUAACCAUCAGUUGGUUGUGCCAGUUGCUUCUAAUCAGGGCACCAACUCAACCCUGCAGGCACCCUUGGACAGCCCUGGGAAAGCAGAGAAGAAUGGACAUGCCAAAGAAACAUCCCACACAGCCAAGGUCUUUGAGAUCCAGUCUAUGCCCAAUGGCAAGACAAGGACCUCUCUCAAGACUGUGAGCAGAAGGAAACUGUCACAACAGAAGGAAAAGAAAGCCACUCAGAUGCUAGCCAUUGUACUUGGUGUUUUCAUCAUCUGCUGGCUCCCAUUCUUCAUCACUCACAUCCUGAACAUGCACUGUGAUUGCAAUAUCCCCCCAGCAAUGUACAGCGCCUUUACGUGGCUUGGAUAUGUCAACAGUGCUGUCAAUCCAAUUAUUUACACUACCUUCAACAUUGAAUUUCGCAAGGCUUUCAUGAAGAUCCUCCACUGUUAA